UCUUCUAAUUAGAAUUCCUAACCUGUUCACUUUUUCUUUUUUUUUAAAUUUCAAGCCAGCAUGGGAUCCCCAAGAGCGCUUUAGAACACGCUUGUCUCCAAAGCAAUGCCCUUAGGAUAAGCAGCUGCUGCGGAUUUGAAGGGAGAAAGGACCAAAGGAAGGAAGAUGUCUGCAUCCUGUCAUAUAAAGGAGAUUUCAUGGAGUAAGUCAGAGGGAUGUUUGGUUGACUUGGAUGACAGCAGCCCUGCAAGAAAUGAUUGGACAGAUGACAGAGAAAAUGAACUGGAGCUGAAGUCCCAUUGGUCUGAAGAAUUUAAGCAACGUGUCCCUGGAGCAUUUAAGACCAAUCCUUUUUGGAAUGUACUGUCAGCAUCCAAUCCUUUUUUAGAUGAUGUAGCUCAGUCAAACAACAGAGAAAAAAGUGACAAGCGCAUAUCUAUCUUAAAAGAAGACCCCUAUUUAUUUUUUAGAGAUCUAAAUAACAGAGACUCUACUGCUUCAUCUGGAGAUGAAUUGAAUCUUGAUUAUCUUUUUCUUCGCAAAUCUUCCAGGAGAUCGGCAAAAUCUCGGAGUGUUUCAGAUCUUUUGGAUAUUGUAGGGACAAAGACAUUUGAACUCCCUAGCACGGCACCGUCCAACCAUAUCCUGCCUCCAAACAGUGAACCUCUUCAGAAUGAUCGUGAGGCCUAUAAGACAGCAUGGUUGAAUCAGAGGCAGCUGGCCCGAUCUUGCCUGGAUUUGAAUGCAAUAAACCAGAGUCCAGGAUGGGCCCAAACCCAAUCUGUAGAAACCCAUAUAGCUUGCAAAGUGAGUCAUGAAGGUGGCUCAGUGCAGCUUCCUGACUCGGAGAUUGCGGUUCAUUUCCCCGAAGGCCAUGUAGCCUUUGGAGAAUUCCAAGAGGUUGGCUUGCAGGCAAUCCUUGACUCCCCACCAUCGCUUAACCAUGGGUUUUCGACCACUGUGAGCCCACUGAUUGAACUGACAUUAAGUAACCUCAAUACCACAGAAGCCAUUUUGCUCGAAAUGAAAAUUGCAGCUGAGGUGAAGAAGGACCCUUUCAGUCAGGUUAUGACUGAAAUUGUAUGUCUAUGUGGUUUCACCAAAGAGGGCCCGUUUGAAAGAAUAAACAACUGUUACAUCUAUAAAGAUACUAUCCAAGUCAAGCUGACGGACCUAAGUCACUUGAUGUACAUUGUGGCUGUAGCCCAAACCAAUACAGUUAAUUCACCUGCAAGCGCUUGGGAGUAUAUACACAGAAAGCUCUCAGUUGGGAUUUAUGGACCCAAACAUAUCCACCCUUCUUUCACAGUUGUAUUUGCCCUGUUUGGCCACAACUAUGUUCCAGAGAAGCUUACAGUAUGUGACAUUAAAAAGGGUGGAAAGAGCAUGCCCCCGGUGGUUUUCCAGCUCUGGGGAAAGCAUACAUUUGCCCUCGAGAAGCCACAAGAUCUCAACGUUUUUGUGGCCUCUUGUGACCCUGAUUUUGAAGUGAAGGAAGAGGAUCAGAGGAAAGAAAUUAAAGAAGGGAUACUGAAAGGGGGCGGAGAAGUGAUUCACCAACACUUCCCAUUUUCUAUAAUCAACAGAAGGAAAAUACAUCUAUUUGUCUUCCGCGUCCAGGUGAAAGUCCCAAGCAACAACGUGGUGUGCCAGUUUUACAUCACAACCCCUGAGCCAGCUCCAAAGCCAUUAACUGGGGUGUUCAGCAAGCCAAACCGAUUAGAAAGACGCAAGGCGGUCAACUCUGCCCCACUGCUGUCGACGCCAACAAUUAAAUAUCCAGUUUUUCAGGACAAAGCUUUACAUGUUGCCAGCUAUGGUGUAGCUUUGAAGACAGUGUUGCGUCAAAAUAAAAUUGACUAUUUGCUGGAAUAUUUUAAAGGCGACACAAUAGCACUUCUUGGUGAAGAUAAGGUGAAAGCCAUCGGACAGGCUAAAAUAAAAGAAUGGUACGUGGGCGUUCUUAGAAGAAAAGUUGGCCUCGUACACUGCAAAAAUGUCAAAGUGAUAGCCAAAGACCAAGUUAUGGAUAUUGAUGAUAGCACAAUCACAACCAAAAGCCUUCUUGAGCAAAUCGCUUUGCCUUUUAGAAAGCUGACUUAUAUCUACGCAGCAAUCUUAUCCACGGUAUCGGAGAAAAUGAAUGAUUGGAAAGCUUUAGCUGAUGCGCUUGGAUUUUCGAACAUGUCUUUGGAUGCUUUCAGUGAUGUACAAGCUGACAAAGAAUCAGAAAAAGUAGCCUACGUUGUGAAGAAGCUCAAGGAAGUCUGCCACGAUAACAGAAAUACAAGGCGUUUCCUGUACGAGCUGUCUGUUGCCCUGCUGAAGCUGGAUUGCCAAGGAUUACUUGCACGCAUCACGCAAGACACAGUCAUUUUUACGUCUGCUGUGAAGCUUGGGAAAGGCUGGAGAGAGCUGGCAGAAAAAUUAGCACGACUCACAAAGCAACAAAUCGAAGGUUAUGAAACUCCCCACCGGGGCACAAAUGGAGAUGUCCCUCCAGAGAUGAUGUGGAAACCGGCGUAUGAUUUCCUGUACACCUGGGGAGCUCACUAUGGAGACAGUUACAGAGAUAUGUUGCAAGACCUGCAGUCUGCACUGGACAAAAUGAAGAAUCCUGUGACCAAACAGUGGCGAGAAUUAACUGGAGCUCUGAUUCUAGUCAACUGCAUGGAGAUUCUCCAGGCAAGUGCUUUCUCUAAGAUGGAUGAAGACUAGAAGUCAUCUAAUUUAGAAAGGCGCCGUGGAAAUUAUCUUCCUGAAACACAAAGCAGUUAAAUGAGAGCAUUUGCAUCAAGAACCGUUUAGCUCCUCUGCCUGUGAAAAUUAUGCCUAUUGCUUCUGGCUUUUAUGGGCUUAAGCUUUUUUAAAUGAAAAGAUCAAGUCAUUUAUUUUUCAAGCAGGACCAGUUUUCCCUUGCUUUCCUUCAUACCCGUGUCCCUACAACAACAUGUCUCGAAAGGUGUUCGUGUACAGCAGUUGGAAUCUGAACAGCCUUGCAGUGGGCUGCACAUUUUGGGGGGGUAGUUUAGCACGGGAGGAAUUUGAUCUGGGCAGCAGUUACAUUACUUAUUCAAAGCGUUUUACCUAGAAAUUGUUCCAUAUGUCUGCUAUUGUCAUUCCUGAGAGAACCAGUUAGGGAAACUUUGUGCACUCCUGUGAAUACAUGGUUGCUCUGAGGUAAUUGGGAAAGCUGUUUCCUCACAUGUAGAAGGUAAAUAUAUCCUCGAUUACUUUACUAUAGUAGCACCUCGGCUUAUGUUACCCUUGAGUAACGCAAACUUUGGGUUGUGAAAGUGGCAAACCCAGAAGUGUUUCGCCACACGUGCAUGUGCAGAAGCGCUCUACCACACUGUGUGCAUGCGCAGAAGCAGUCUGCCGCUACUCGCGCGCAUGCGCAGAAGCAGUCCCUCUGGUUAUGGAAACCUCGAGAUCCAACCAGAGCUCCGGAAUGGACCCCGUCCGCAACCAGAGAUACUACUGUAUUCAUUGGGUGUUUGGAUUCCAGUGAAAAAGGAGUGUCUGAAGCUCUCUCUGCCAGGUAUCUGUAUUAUUGACCCAUGUUUCUUCAUGAAAAAGUGGUCUGUCCCCUUUCUGGAUGUCUUGUGCUAUUCAUUUCCCCCAGCGCACCAGCUUUAUCUCUCAUCCCCAGGUAAUGGUAGCCCCACCUCCAUCUUGCUGUGACCUUGCCUUCUUACUCGGCUCUAAAGCAGAUCCAGAAUUGACAUUCUGUGACAGUGGUGACAUAUUCUUAGGGUCAGUUCUCUGCUCAGUUCUCCACUCCUCAGGGCAAAUGAAACGUACAGUCGGCGCAUAAUUGUUAUGGAAACUGCCCACUGGCAUAGGAACCACAAAGCAAUCUGCUCUGCUGCUGUCAUAGUUUCCGAACUUGUAUCCAUAACAUGGUGGUUCCAACAUCCACUUCUGACUAUCAGGCUCUGCUUGAUACCCUUUACAUCAUGAUGACAAAUGAAACUGUUUUUAAUGAUUAAAAAAAAAAGUUGUCUUCAUCCCCUCAGGUACGUCCAGAGAUAGAUAUUAUUUUUGCACCAUUGCAUGCUUCAAAAGUUUAAUGUACAGAUACAAUUUAUUCACAUUUUUUUUUACCUGCUGUGUUUUAUUUGUGUGGGCUCUUAAGUUGGGCAGUCCUAGCUUACAAGGGUCAAUGGCAGCUGUUGAAUCACUGACUGCCCUGUUAGCCACUACCUCUUCUGUUUUUUGUUUUUUUAAUUCAAGAGGUACACAGCAGGGCAUUAGGGACCAAAUGUAUUUGCCAUUAUUUUUGGUUUGUGUGUUCUUUGAUAAAAAACCUGUUCCACUUUUUGUUUCACUGUAGUAAGAGUUUUUUUUUGGGGGGGGGAUAUGCAUUGAGAUCAUGUGUGAGUAAGAAGGCCACAGGCAGUCAUUAGUUUCUCACUGCCUGUGGAUGUCUAUAAAAAGAGACUUGAGAAAAAUAAAUAGGCUCUAAACCUCA